AUGUUCACUUCAUUGCUAGUCCGACGAGCUACUUGUGCUCGUUGCUACUCGUUACCGUCUAGUUCAAAAAGGUUGUUCUGCGCCCUACCUCGACAGUCAGUUACGCCAUGUUUGAAUUUGCUACGAGCCAGUCGAACUGUGCUGAGAAGCUCAUUUGCAAGAAAUGUUACGACAGUGGAGACGAAACGUGCUUCGGUUAAGUUGAAAAAUGCUACACUCAAAGACUUAAAGGAGAUAUUUGCCUUGGCAGGACCAUAUAAGUGGAGAAUUCUUCUUGGCCUAUCGUUUCUCGGCGUAAGCAGUUCAAUUUUCCUGUUAACACCCAGAGUGUUAGGAAAAUUGAUUGAUGAGUUUGAUGAAACGAAAAGAUCAGCCCCAGGAGAGGAGGAUUUGUCACUCCGGAUAGCCAAGUAG